AUGCAGUCGGACGACGUCAUUUGGGGGGUGAUCAACAACGGGCACUGCUCGUUCAAGACGAAGACCAAAACGCAGAACUUCUGUCGCAAUGAGUACAACGUGUCGGGGCUAUGCAACCGAAGCUCGUGCCCGCUGGCCAACAGCCGGUACGCGACGAUCCGCGAGGAGGACGGCAAGUGCUAUCUGUACAUGAAGACGGUGGAGCGCGCGCACACCCCCAACCGGCUCUGGCAGCGCAUCAAGCUCUCCCGCAACUACGCGAAGGCCCUCGAACAGAUCGACCAACACCUCGAAUACUGGCCAAAAUUCCUGAAGCACAAGAACAAGCAGCGGCUGACGAAGAUCGUGCAGUACCUCAUCCGCGUCCGCCGCAUGGCCACGAACUCGAAGACGCGCACCGUCACCGUCCCGACGCGCAAGAAACGCAUCGAGGGCAUCCGCGAGAAGAAGGCCGAGGCGGCCGCGAACCUCGAGGCGACGAUCGAGCAGGAGCUGCUCGAGCGCCUCAAGUCGGGCACGUACGGCGACAUUUACAACUUCCCCCUCCAGCAGUAUAACAAGGCCUUGGACGGGGAGCAGGUGAAGGACGAGGACCGCGCGGCGCUGGAGGAGCAAGAGGCGGCGGAGGAGGAGGCGGCGAACUUGGACGUGGACCCGUUCGUGGAGGGGUCUUCGGAUGAUGAGUCAGGCUCGGAGACAGACAGCGAGUCUGGGUCGGACGAGGAGGAGUACGAGGCGGAGCUCGUCGACGGGAUGCAGCUAGGGCUCGACAGCGACAUCGAGGACCUCUCGGACGGCGCGGGCGCCGCCAGCAGCGACGAGGAAGGGGGGAGUGAGGGGGGGAGUGAGGAGGAGGCCCCCGCGCGGAAACGGGCAGCGCCGGAGCCGCCAGCGGCGCGGCGGCCGAAGCGCGGACGCCGGCGCGUCGAGGUGGAGUACGAGGUCGAGCACGAGGGCCCUGCGCGGGCACGGAGGUGA